CAAUGGCGACAGCACGCCAACCAGCUGGCGAAAUUGCGCCGCUCACCUGUAGACGGUGUGUGAAACUUCAGCUUCCAAUUCUUGUCGCAUUAGUUCGACAUCCAGCUCAUGGAUGUCGCGUGUUGAUAUGGAAUGGUGUCAUAUUAUCCAUGAUGCUCCUCCUCUUCCGUCCUCGAGUCACGAGUUCUGCGCGGGAUGAACCCCUUUCUUCAACCAUCAACCCGCGCGUCGGCAUCGAAUCGGGCCAUUCCUCCCAACCACCCGCUCGUUAUCCUCAACGGCUCCUUACUAGCGGCUCGCUUCGCUAACGGCUUCUGUUCUGAAACGUUACACGUGUACUGAAAAGCCUUUUACUGGUGUAAAAAAUCCAUAGCGGCUCGCUAACGACUCGCGAUCAUUCUAAACGGCUCUUUUCCGAGACGUCCUGCUCGCACCGCGAGGUUAACGAUGGCCUCGCCGUUUUCGAUGGCGACGCCGUUCGUCGUCAACGGACGGACGGACUGGUGAAUCCGUUGCUCGCCAGACCAGCGGCUGUGCUCGGGGAAGUUCCAUUUGGACAUUAUGGCCUCGCGGCUUUCGAUGGCCACGCGGCUUUCGAUGGCCACGCUGUUCGUCGUCGACGGACCGGUGAAUCCGUCGCUCGCCAGACCAUUUGCGCUCGCAACAGUUCCGUUGAUUCCGUCAGUUACGUCAACGUUAGUGGGACGGAUGUUGCACGGAGCAGAUCGAUUCUCAGGCGAACACGACGACCGCGUGUGCGCCGUCGGUAGAGGGACCGAGUUUUCGCGAAAUCACGUUGUAAGUCGCCCGACAUCAUGGCAGUCGCUCGAGACGACGGCAGGAAUCCAUGACACGAGGCGUGGAGAAAGAGAGGGCGAGACGCUAAGGUGACUCUGGAGUCGACUCAAAAGUCUCCAUGAGAUGAGGCGUGGAGAGUGAGAGGGGGAGACAUCAAGGUCUAGGUCUGUACCUUGCUCCCCUUGCCUAGCCUGUACCCAGGGUUCAGCAGUACUAAGGACCGUGAGGGAGAGACAUCAAGGUCCUCGCAGGGUGGACUUUCGAGGGAGGUUCAGUUGAUAGGAAGUAAUUUGUUUCUCCUCCCUCCCAUGUGUCGUCCGAGCUGAAUAAAUCAGAGUAAAUUCUACUUGUUUUUCCUGUUGAGGCUUCAGCCUGCCUCCGCCUUGUGUCGAGUUCUCCAUCAGGAGCAGACGCGCAUCUCAUUCGUUGGCCAUAGAUAUCAUCGCAUCGUAUGCGCAUCUCCUCCUUUUCCUCCUCAUCAUUCAUUUAAAUUUGGUCCCCAUCAGGAGCGGACGCGCAUGGCAUCCGUCGGCCAUAGAUAGCAUCGCCUCCUGCUCCUCCUCCUCAGCCAUUCAUUUAUUUUUGUCGCCAUCGAAGGGACGCGCAGUACAUCCGUUGGCCAUAAGUAGCGUCGCGUGCGUCAAGGAAUUGUCGGCCGGCGUCGCAGCGGCAUCAUGCCAUAGUGCAUCAUGGUGUGGAAUAAGUUAUGUGGGAACUUGCUCCGGCGCUAAAUCUCGUCGUAGCACCAAGCGGCAGAAACAGCAGCAGAAACAGCAGCAGAAACAGCAGCAGAAACAGCAGCAGCAACAGCAGUAGAAACAGCAGUAGAAACAGCAGCAGAAACGGCAGCAGCAGCAGCAGCAGCAGCAGAACCACCAGGAAGCAACAUCAGCAGAACCAGCACCAGUAGCAGAAUCAACAACAAGGCGGGUGAUUGUAUGCGAGGAGCCAGAAUGCAUCGAAUAUGUCAGCAUCUGCUCCUCUUCAUAUCUCUGCUGCUGCUGGAUGUCAGCACGUGGACGGACCAGAUCCUGCCUGGUGGGGAUCAGACGGCUGGGAAGCAAUCCAGAGGCGUGCUAAUGUGUGCAGCAGGCAUCAUCGCUAAGAGCGACCUCACUAUGUGUGUGGCCGAGGGAGGGGUUGCUGGUGCGGGGGUUGCUGGUGGGGGUACUGCUGAUGGGGGGGUUGUUGGUGGGGUGAAGGGGUAUGUUCAGGGUGGUGACGGUGGUGGGGCAAGGGGUUAUAGCCAGGGCGAAGGUGACCAGACGAAAGGAGGGGGGAUGCAGCCGAACGGUGCAAUACCAGAAGCACCAGCAGCGGCAGCAGCAACGGAGUUCGCGGAGGGAUCUGCUGCUCUUUUGGGAGGGUUGGGGCUGGAGCAGCAGCAGCAGCAGCAGCAGCAGCAGCAGCAGCCGAGCUAUGUGCCGGAGGGGGCUAAGUCUGUGAAGUGCAGGAAGAAGAUCGUGAUCUCCCUUGCUGUCUCUAACGGCCAUACGCUAGGCACAGAGGCCAUAGAGGCGGUGCUGACUCGCGUCAGUGACAGCACAAGUGGAUCUGCAGGAGGACGGGGAGAUAACACCAAGGGAGGGGAUGGGGGAGAUGAUACAGGCAGCAACGGUGCAGCACCAGCACCAGCCGCCGCAGCAGCAGGAGGAGCAGCAGGCGGAGCAGCAGGCGGAGCAGCAGGAGGAGGAGGAGGAAGAGGAGGAGGAGGAAGGGGGGGAGUGGAGAGGCGGCUAGCAGACCCUGUGAAGAUCACAGUGGUCAAGACGCCAGUCUAUGCUGUGUACCCACUCACCUUCCUGCAGUCGUUCAAUGGCCGGCCAUACGAGGUGGUGGUGACUACAACGGGUUGCAGGGAUGGGGCGUACGACAGCGACCCUACCUGCGGCUGGUUCCUCUAUCCUGAUGGCUCAAGGGUGCCUGACAGCCAGGGGUUCUGCUGCAGCUGCAGUGGUGGUGACACGUGGAAGGACUCCAUUGGUCUGGACAACCCGCAGCAAUUCAGGGCCGAUCUGGACUGCAGCCUGUGGCGACAGAAGCUCUUCUUUGGAGGAGUGCCUUCUAGCGCUCAUUGCCUUCGCUUCAACAAUACCUGGUACCCCACGUACCGAAUAGGCCUGGCGUCCCUCGUGUUCCAAAUCCAGAUCACCAUCAGCAAGCUGCUGUCGGACUCCAAGGAGCAGGAGACUCUCAUCCUCUCGCCUAUAGCCCCGGUGGCAGUGAACCCCUCUCUCUCCGUCUCAGCCACCCUAGUCGGCGACUUCCUCACCUACACUCAGCUCCCCAACCUCAGCGACCGUCUGCUCUCCGUGCCUCUCCAGCCAGGCUCUCCCACCUUUGGCCGGUUUACCUCCGACACAUCAGGCUGGCUGUUAGUGGACAAGGAGCAGUACUCGCUGGACGGGAGUGAGUGCAACAGGGUCGGCACCAGCUUCAGCGCCUUCCGCUUCGAGCCCGACCGCUGCCAGCGCUCUGUGGGCUCCUGCCUCUCCAACCAGCUACUGGACUUCGCCCAGGAGGACGCAGAGCGCGUGUCCCAGGGCCUUCAGCCCAUCCACGCGUUGUCAUCUCUUGGACCGAUCACCACCCUUGAAAGUCCCAACAGCUCUCUGAGCAUUGCCCUGGUAGUGACUCAGCGACUCAACUCCCUCAUCACCCUUGAGAUGGCUGCUGAUGACGUCACGUUCAUCAAGAACAGGAGCCCCGGUCGCAUAGUGUCGGUGGUGGCACCAUCGUUUGAAGCCAUGUCGAGUGAGGGGAGGGUGGGCAUUAAGGUGGCCAAUAACGGCACUCUCGAUGCUGACUUCACUCUCACGAUUCAAAAUUGCUCCUCUGGAGUUCUCCCAAUACCCGCUCAGGAUCGCAGCAUAGCAGCAGGGGCAACGGCAGCCUUCACCUUUCUGCUGCAACUGCAGGAUUCCCUUGCCUCCCAGCGCUCGUGCCUUGUGGUCCUGUACGACGCCAUAUCAUCGGUUGCUGACGUGGCACCCCUCUCCUUCACCACGAAUGCCACGGUGGACAACCGCGGGGCGCAGAGCGGACAGGCGGACGGCAAGGCCAUGCGCAACACCACGCUCUUCUCCCCGCGCCCCGGCUCCUCCUCCUCCUCCUCGUCAUCUUCCUCCCGCUCAAGUGACUGCAGUUUCGCCUGCCCGUCAUUCUUCGGCAUGGCGUGCUUUGUGACCCACGCCUGCUGGGGGCGAUUUGCUGGAGCCAUCGUUGUAAUGCUGCUCAUCCUCGCAGCCCUCAUCGCCUUGGCUUCCCUCCAUCGCUCCGGUCUGCUCCUCCCAGCCCUCGCCCUCCCCUUCACUCUCCUGCACUCCGCAGUUAAAUCCCUUCCCCCUCCCCCCACCGCCCCCCCCUCUCCUCCCCCGCAUUCUGCUGCUUCCGGUGAGGGGAGAGAUGGGGAUGGAAGGCAAGGGAGUGGGGUGGUUUGGGCUUCUGCUUCUGGUGGUGGUGGCUGUUGGGAGGAUAUGGGUAAGGGGAAGAAGGGGAGGAAGGGGAAGAAAGGGAAGGAGAAGAUCCAGGAGGAUGGAGAGAGGGGAGAGGGAGGGGAUGGAGAGGUGGAGGUGGGGGGAAUGGAGAGUGGAGUGGAGGGAAGUGGGGGUGAAGUGGGGGGGAGGCGGUAUGGCAACAGUGUGUGUAUAUUUGUGGAUGGUGGAAGAAGGGAAUCAACGUUGGGUCAGGGAGCUAUGAUGGGUGAAGGUAGUGGUUUUGGGGUGCUUUCACCCACCACUGGAAGCCCGGUUGCACCAGCUACGGCACCGUCAACAUCAGCAGCGGCAGUAGCACCAACAACAACAUCAGCAACAUGAAUGUUACUACCAUCGUCACCGUAACCAUCAUUGCCUUGACCUGAUGAUCGCAUAGGAUUUCAGAAAGCACAGCCCAUAGCCCCCCAGGCAUAGCAGCCUGUGGCCCUUCUGAGGAUCUUCUAGGGCGACCCCAGUGAAUCUCUCGACAUAGGAGUGAAUUAUGCAGGCAAGUCCAUGAUCAAUGAUCAUGUGUUUGGAUUGCCCAUCCCCAUAAGAUAGAUAAUGAAUGCUUUGAUCCAGUACCGGGGGAUGUAGACGUUUUUUUGUAGGUGAAAUUAUGGAGGUGAUCGCAGUUGGUUGUGAGCGAGCCAUGGAUAUGAAAUAU